CGCCCUAUAGCGAGUAUAUAGUGGAGCUUGUCUAUGGUGUGGAGACACUGCUUUACCGCCUUCUUUAAUCAUGUUUCGAAUAUCUACAUGUGGUGUAUUGCCGAAUGUAUUGGUAAUCUGUAAUGGUAUGACAGUAGGCGCAGCACCCUUUAGGCAGCAGCACAGUUCACCCCUGGAAAGCCAAUAUGACCGACUAUACCCAGGCCAUAUUCCCACCAACCCUAUACAGAAGGCCCUAUUGGCAGUUGGAUCUGGGUUGGCUGCUCUUCAGAACCCUUACAGACAUGACAUGGUUGCGGUUCUUGGCGAAACAACAGGACACCUGGCCCUUGUGAGGUUACGUGAUCAGAUGAAGAAUGACCCUGAAGGGUCCACUAUACUCAGAGAGCGGCCACGUAUCCGCCUCUCCACUCUCGACUUGGCCCACAUGGCUACCCUUCCAGAUGGCUCCUUUGGAAGGGAAUACCUCCGUUUCCUGGAGGAAAAUAGAGUAACGCCAGACUCCCGAGCGGAUGUGAAGUUUGUGGAUAAUGAGGAGCUAGCAUAUGUCAUUCAGCGAUACCGAGAAGUACAUGACCUUCUGCACACGUUACUAGGGAUGCCCACCAACAUGCUGGGAGAGGUUGCAGUGAAGUGGUUCGAGGCAGCACAAACAGGCCUACCCAUGUGCGUCCUGGGAGCAACCCUAGGACCACUGCGUCUCUCCUCCAGUCGUCUGCAGACGUUGGCCACGUCUCUGGGCCCGUGGGCGCUCCGCAGCGGCAGGAGGGCACGAUGUGUGCUCAGCAUCUUCUACGAGCGCCGAUGGGACCAGAGCCUGGAGGAGCUCCGAGAGGAGCUGGACAUCGAGCCACCACCCCUGGUCGUCACGGCAACCAAGGAGAAGGCCGCAGCAAACGCAGAGACUGAGCUAGUUUCAUGAGCAAAAACGAUAUGACAUGUAUAUAUGUUGUAUGACUGAUGACUAUGACUGAUGUCUGUUGUGUGAGUGUUAUGUGAUGACUGAUGAAUGUGGCAUGGAUGUGUGUAACGUGUGUGACUGAUGAAUAUAGGUUUAUUUUUAUGGGUGGAUAUAACCGGCCACAGAAAAUGGUUGUACACUGAGAGGAUGAAGGUCUACCAGUUAUGAUGAAAGAUGCUUCAAAUGAAGGAUAUCCUGCACCUGUGUGGAUACCAGAUGCAUGUGUCAGUUAUUUCCACAUUUUGUUUGCCAUCCUGUUUAAACAGGAGUUCAUGUGGGACGAAUCACAUGUCGACACAAUCUUAGUCCAAUCAUCUGACCAACAGCUGAGUCAUUGUGAACAGGAAAACAUGGGGCUUACUAACCUGCCCCAACUUGCUCCAGAAACGCUGUCUCAUUUUGUCACAUGCUACAUAUGACCCAGAUGUCUUGUGAUAGUCACACGUCUGUUUUGGUGCUGACCAUGUGCAUAUAUACUGUAUGUGCUUAUAGGCAUGCCCAUGUGGAUGUCUGGAAUGAAUAACCUUAUUUAAUAAAAAGUAAUUUAAGUA